UUUGACAGAUUAAAAUGACAGCCGGACAGCUGGCAAACUGGGAAUUUAGUAAUUUGUAAAUAAAUUGAAAAUUCUUUGAAAAUUUCACAGUCUAAUAGUAUCAACGCUACAUUUAACAAUAGAAAAGUGUUGUGUAAUUUGUAAAAGCUAAGAGAUGAGUGCUGAUAAAACUGUAGUGCUAGUUACUGGAGGUUCUGGCCUAGUCGGGCAGGCGAUCAGAACCGUGGUAGAAGAAGAAAAAUCAAAAGGAACCGGCGACCCAGAUGAAACGUGGGUGUUUUGUGGGUCGAAAGAUGGCGAUCUCAGGGAUAAAGGGCAAACAGAGGCAUUAUUUGAGAAGCACAAGCCCACACAUGUGAUCCACUUGGCAGCCAUGGUGGGGGGACUCUUCCACAACAUGGCACACAACCUGGACUUUUUUAGGGAGAACAUGGCAAUAAACGACAAUGUAUUACAUGUAAGCUUCAAAUUCGGGGUGAAGAAAGUGGUGUCCUGCCUCUCCACAUGUAUAUUCCCAGACAAGACUACAUACCCAAUUGAUGAGACUAUGGUGCACAAUGGGCCACCCCAUUCAUCAAAUUAUGGUUACAGUUAUGCAAAACGUAUGAUUGAUAUUUUAAAUAGGGGUUAUCACGAGCAGCACGGGCGUACGUUCACGUCGGUGGUGCCGUGCAACGUGUUCGGGCCGCACGACAACUUCCGCCUCGACUCGUCGCACGUCAUCCCGGCGCUUAUACGCCGCAUGGAUACCGCUCUCAAUGACGGUGCGCCAACAUUUACGGUGCUAGGCAGCGGCAAGCCGCUCCGGCAGUUCAUCUACUCUCUGGACUUGGCUCGGCUGUUCGUAUGGACGCUGCGACACUACGACAGUGUUGAACCGCUUAUAUUGUCAGUGGACGAAGAAGACGAGGUGCCAAUUAGCGCAGUAGCAGAAGCUAUCAAGAAAGCGCACGGCUACACCGGCCAGAUCGUCUACGACACCAGCAAAGCCGACGGCCAGUACAAAAAGACUGCCUCCAACAAGAAACUGCGGUCUCUUUGCAAAGACUUCCACUUCACGCCAUUCGAGCAAGCCAUACAGGACACUGUGGACUGGUUUAAGAAGAACAAGGAGCAGGCGCGGACGUGAUGCAGUUGAACAGGUUAAAGGAACAGUCACCGUCAAAUAGUUCGUGACACCCAGUGACCGAAAAGUUGACAACACAACCUUAUUCCAAUGAGGGCUAUCGUUUUAGCGCUCACCAGUUGCGCCACUGUAGAGUAAGGUCCUGUCACUCGCUAGUAGCGAAGACAGUGGCACCAACUGGUGAGCGCGA